GGGCCGAGCGCAGCCCGGCCGGAUGUGAGUGGAGCGGCAGCUUCCUGUGUCCCCGCAGUCCUCCCUCUCCCCGCCUUGGGUGGUGGCCGCUGCCUCGUCCCCGCUCCCAGGCACAGGGCGGAGGCGGCCGCGACCUGGUGCGGAGACCGCCGCCGGCUCCCUUCGUGCGCGGCCCGGCCCUCCCCUCCCCUCCCCGCCCCGCUCGGCAGCAGGACCCGCCGCCGCGGCGCAGCCCCGAUGCAGGCCAUCAAGUGUGUGGUGGUGGGCGACGGUGCUGUAGGUAAAACAUGCCUACUCAUCAGUUACACAACCAAUGCAUUUCCUGGAGAAUACAUACCCACUGUUUUCGACAACUACUCUGCUAAUGUAAUGGUUGAUGGAAAACCUGUCAAUCUGGGCUUGUGGGAUACAGCUGGUCAAGAGGACUAUGACAGACUACGUCCACUCUCCUAUCCGCAAACAGUUGGAGGAACCAAUGGUAAGAAUAUAUCUUCCAGUCUGACAGAUCAACCUAUUGCCGAUGUCUUCUUAAUCUGCUUUUCCCUUGUGAGUCCUGCUUCCUUUGAAAAUGUCCGUGCUAAGUGGUAUCCUGAGGUGCGGCACCAUUGCCCCAACACCCCCAUCAUUUUAGUGGGUACCAAACUCGAUCUCCGGGAUGAUAAGGACACUAUUGAAAAACUGAAGGAGAAGAAGCUGACUCCUAUCACCUACCCACAGGGCCUUGCCAUGGCAAAAGAGAUUGGUGCAGUGAAAUACCUAGAAUGCUCAGCACUUACGCAGCGAGGCCUCAAGACAGUGUUUGAUGAAGCUAUCCGAGCAGUUCUGUGCCCCCCUCCUGUAAAGAAGAGGAAGAGAAAAUGUCUGCUGCUGUAAACAUUACCCUCCCCCACCCCACUCCAAACCCUGUGCUUUGCUCAGAACAAUGGAGCAUUCACACUCAAUGCCAAGUUUUUCUGUUAUAAAUUAGUUCUCUUCCAUAAAUUCUUGAACCAAUCAACAAUUUCCUGGUUUCAUUUGUUUAAAGUAUGAAAGUUACCUUGCAUUCUUCUAAAAGCAAACUCCUGAAAAGACAAACCUAUGUAAAGCCUUAUUUUUAAAAUCCUAUUCUUGCUCAAUUAAGUGUUGCCAAAACUAUCUGCUGAACUAAGUUGCAUUGUUGUGCUACGAACACUAAGCACUAAACUGUUUUUUAAAGAUUCUUCUUGAAGAUGACUCUAAUUUCUGGUAGGAAAUACAAAAACACUUUCUAGUUUUUCACAGUAAGUAACAGUACCGUAAAUUAGCAAAACACUGCACUCUAAUGUGUUUUAUUAUGAAACGUUUUCUCAGCCCACAGUCAUUGCAUAGCGUUGUAUAUCAAACCUAAAUCUUUGCCAAUGACUGACACUCUUGAGUCACAGUGUAAAAUGCUUUAUCAUUGGUAAGGGCUUGGUUGCAAUCUAGUUCUUGCUGCUGUGAUUUAAAAAAUAAAUAACUAUUCUUACUGAAGUGUAUCUAGUCCUUUUGACAGCAUUGUAUUGUGAUGGAUAAAUGAAAUAUUGGGUUGGAUCAAAUGAUGAUAGUGCCAGACAGUAUUUUGACACUGUACAGAUGACUGACUUACACUACACUGCCAGGGUAGUUGAAACUGAAUUGACUUUUACUGCAGGUUAAAAUCAGUGGCCAUUUUCCCAGAGGUGCAGUAGUGGAAGAGAGGUUGGUGUUCAUAGGUAAAUUCCUUUGAAUUUCAAUUAGGGCAUUCAUUUAGGUACAGCUCUGAACCAGUCAUUCCCAAAACUGUUGUGUAGUAAAGGCUUUUCUUGUAGAAUCUCUUCUUACUGAGCAAUAUAACUUGUAUUUUAAAAACUUUCUGAUGAUAGAAAUUUGCUCUUUUUUUUUUUUUGUAGAGUAGAAUGUUCAAGCAUAUCCUCCUUAUUUUCCUGUUAUUUCUGACCCAGUAAGUUAUAUACUUUCUGAGGAGCUUUUAGUCUAUUAACUAGGUGUAAAAAUCAUGUGAAGCAGCUUUACCCAUUUUUAGUAAUUUUUAUAUUUUAAACCUCUAUAAACUAUGAACCUUCUCAAAUAUCACUGUUUGCCAGAUAUCCCCACCACUGUAACAUUACUAAUGCAGACAAGUGUUCUUUAUGUCACUACAUGUACAUGUGCAGCAUAGGUUGAGUAAUGGUAACUUGGGUCUGUGAGGUUCUGUAAAUUAGUGCUAAUGUUCUGUACAUUCUAAACUGGCAGGAAUACAAUGUUGAACUACACCCUUUCAACCACUAAAGCAAAAUUUAAAAGUUGCAAAAUUGUGAAGUUUUUACAUUGAUCUUUUGCUAAUGCAAUUAGCAGUAUGUUUUGCAUGUAUGACUUAAUAAAUCCUUGAAUCACA